AUGUCGGGCCCAGGAUCGAGACUGCAAGGCAAGGUUGCCAUUGUCACCGGAGGAGGGUCCGGCUUCGGAGCCGCGAUUGCUCGGCGAUUUGGCGAAGAAGGCGCCAAGGUUAUUGUCGCCGAUAUCAAUGUCGAGGGGGGCGAGAAGGUCGCGGCGCAGAACCCUGCGAAUCUGGUCUUCCAGCGGACGGAUGUUACACAGGACGAUGCAUGGAAGACUGUCACGGAUCUGGCGUUUUCCAAGUUUGGUCGUCUGGAUGUGCUGGUCAACAAUGCGGGCACGACGUAUCGCAACAAGCCCACCGUGGAGGUGACCGACGAGGAAUGGGAGCGUGUCUUCAAGGUGAAUGUGAAGAGCAUCUACCUGGCGGGCAAGAUCGCGAUUCCCCGUCUCAUCGAGCAGGGACAGGGUGGCUCGAUGAUCAACAUCUCCUCGACGGGUGCAGCACGGCCCCGACCGGGUCUGGUGUGGUACAAUGCUUCCAAGGGAGCUGUGACGAACGCCACCAAAGGUCUCGCCGCCGAGUACGGCCCCCAGAAUAUCCGCGUGAACUGCGUCGCUCCCCUGCUGUCAGGAACGGGUCUUUUCUCCAUGUUCACCGGAAUGGAGGAUACCCCCGAGAACCGCGCCAAGUUCCUCGGCAAUGUGCCUCUCGGCCGGCUGACCGAGGCCGAUGACAUUGCCAAUAUGUGCCUGUACCUGGCUAGCGACGAGGGCAGCUUCAUCAACGGGACGGAGAUGGUGGUGGACGGCGGCAAGUGCAUUUGA